AUCCACGCGCGCUUGACGCAGCGUCCUGAAUAUUUUUUAUCUAUUUACACAUUUCAACAAUAUUAUUAAUUUUUUUUAGUUCAAAUAAUGAUCAGUUGAAACUUUAGUGUUGUGUCUAGUGUUUUCUGUCAAAACACCAGAAUGCCAAUCGGCAACGUGAAUAGAGGCGCGCCUCCGAAAAGAGAAACCUUCCGACCUCCUUGGGUCAAAGAGAAGGACGUAGAGACUCCUCCGCCAUGGACGGUGAGGAAACUGAAACCCGUGGAACCAAAGAGCACCGAAAAACCAGAAACAGCAGAACCUGCGCCACAACCAGCUCCUGCGCCCUUAAAACCGGUUUUAAAAAAGCAGUCUACAAUAAGGGAAAAGACUGAAAACGGUGUUUUGGCAGAAGCGGAAGAGAAACUCGUCAAACCUUCAGCUGCUAAACUUGCUGAUAAAGCUUCAAAACUAGAGGAGGAUAAGCCUAAAUUUAUCAAACCUACGCUAAAAACAGUUAGUAAUAGUAGACCAAUUAAGGUCGAAGAUAAAAACACUAUCGUACCUGAAAAGUCGAUACUGAAAAGCGUUCGGACUAUUGAUGAGAAGCCAAAAGAAAAAUCAGUUAGUAUUAUUGAUAAGAGAUCUGAGGACAAAAAUGAUACAAUUAAACAAAAUAGCACGGUAAAUAAUAAAACACCAACCAAUAAAACUGUGAUUAAUACCGUUAGCAAGGAUACCGACCACAAAGAUUCCAAAAAACCUGAUAAGGUAGCUACUACUGUGCCUGAGAAAGAGAAACCAAAAGUUGAACCAAAAGUUGAACCUAAGGUUAAUCCAAAAGUUGAACCAAAAGUUGAACCUAAGGUUGAACCAAAAGUGGAACCUAAGGUUGAACCAAAAGUUGAACCUAAGGUUGAACCAAAGGUUAAACUAAAGGCUGAAGAAAAGAAAAAAGAAGAAAAAAUGGCAACCAAACCACCUACGCCGCUUGAAAAAACUCCUUCUAAGCUCCCUCCGCGUAAACCUUCUUUACAAAAGGCACCUUCAAAGGAUGAAGUCAUGCAGAAGAAAUGGAGAGAUCCUCUGCAUGAGCGAGUCAAAGAAAAUAUUGAUAAGACUUUAGCCAAUGACGUUCCUAAAGGCCAUACCCUGACUAAAAAUGAAAGUUUAAGGAGCUUAUUAAAACCAACACCGCCUCCAAUGCCACCGCCACUGCCUCCUAAAUUACCCCCUCCACCAGAGUUCAAAAAAGCUCCUGUCGAUCCAGCAAAGCUUAAAAAAAUUGAAUCGCUUCGAAGCAGACCAAGGAAGAGGCCUGACUGGAGUGAUAUGAUGAAGGAGGUUGAAGAAGGAAGAAAGCUUAAGCAUGUUGUUUGUAAUGACAGGUCAAAUCCAAUAAUAACAAGAUCAGUAGUCGUCAAAAAUAAGGAUCAAUUUAUAUUUGAGUCUGAGAAACCUAACUCCCAUAAUGAAUUGUUGAAAGAAAUCAACAAAGGUGUGAAACUAAAGAAAGUUAAAACAAAUGACAGAAGUAAACCUCAUUUAGAAGGGUUAAGGAAAUUCAGAAGACAAAUGACUAUAGAAGAACAAGUGCAGAAGUCAAUGUCGCAAGCAAAUCUCGCUGCAUCACCAUCCGGUGUUUCCAUUGCGGAGGCGCCCGCAGCUGCAGAAGAAGAAGAAAUUGACGAAAUGGAUGACAUUGAUAAAGUUAGAGAUGAUCUUCAGUCUACUAAGCAGUUAUUAGCUAUGGAACUUAGAAACAGGGAGGCCCAAGAGAGAGAAAAUAAGCGGCUUUUGACAAGAAUACAAAAUUUAGAGGCCGAGGUAGCAAGAGAGCGUGCUAUUAUCAAGCAAGAACAGCAGAAAACAGUCAUAUCCGUAACAGAUGCCUAUGAUGAAAGACUAGUAACCAACCUAAAAAUAGAAGUUGAAAAGGCAAAAGAAACAGCAGACAAUUUGGAAAAACAGUAUUUGCAAGCUGCAGACGAAAGAGAUACUGCCCAGACAGAAUUGGAGGAAGUGAAGAGAAAAAAUGCAGAAUUGGAAAAAAAAUUAGAGCAGGCUCUAGCGGGUAAUAUUGAGGAGCUUCUAAAAUCGGAAGAACCUUUAUCGUUCUAUCAAAAAUCUCAACUUGAUUUUUUGAAGCAGUGUAGGUUAUUAAAUAUUGAUGUUGACUCCGCUGAAGCUGAAAAACUGAAGAAUAUGUAUGCUGACACUAACAACAAUAACGCUAAUUACGCUUUUACUAACAAUAACAAAGAUGACGAGGGAAUUAUGCCUACCAACGUCGGUUCAAGACGUGCGAGUCACGCCAUCAAGCAACUCUCUGUGACGAAAGAUGACAGCUUCGAAGAAGAAGAAGCGUCAGAAGCAGAAGAGGAUGAAAGUGAAGAAAAGAAGCAGAAGCGUAUCGAGAAAGAAGUGCGCAACAUGAGGAACAAAAUUCGUCAUUUAAAAGAAAAGCAAGAUAACAUGAAAAGGGAAAGAAUGGCAUAUAAGAUGUCGUUAAAGAAUCAGCAAGCGUGCCUCAAAGAUGAAAAACGAAAGUAUAAGGAGUUAAAACGAGAAGUAGAUAAAAUGGCAGCAAUGAUGAAGGAGGUCGGCUCGGACGAAGAAGAUGAAGAUGAGGACGAGGAAUCUGAAGAAGAGGAGAAGAAGAGUGAAUCUGAAGAAGAAGAGACCGAAACCGAAACUGAACAAGAAACAGAAAGUGAAACCGAAAGUGAAAGUGAACCAGAAGAUGCUCCUCUACCCAAUAAGAAAGAAAACUUGUCGAAGCGUCUGAAAAGGCACGAAUCAAGGGUGAAUGCGUUGAAGAAAGGAAACGCACUGCUAAUGGCGAACGUCGACAGACUUAAAGACGAUGUUCUUAUACAGAAAGAGCAAUCAGUGACACUUAAAAAAGAACUAGACUCACUGAUCGAUGAUCUUGAAUAAGACAUAUUAAUUAGAUUGUAAAGGUAUUUGUAUUUCAUAGGCUGACCAGAAAUAUUUUGAAUUGGGGGCGCCACAGUGACUAUUGGAAUUCGCUGCCCGGGGCCGAUUGAAAAAAUCCCGCCCUCUCUAUUUUAAUAGGGUUUAAUAUGCAUGGUAUUUUUUUUACCCAACUGUCAAGACGGGUUAUUGUAUUUUUAAUCGAUCUGACAUAGCAACUAAAUCAUUAAACUAAGCAAAUAAUAAAAUAUAUUCUUGUGAGCAUCAAAACAUACCAACAAGGAAUUCAAAGAAAAACAUCUGGCCUUAAUUCAAAUCCCUUAUUUUUCUGGUCAAGCUAUAGAUAUGAGUACUUACAUAAAUAUUUUGCCUGGCUGUAUUAAGUUUUUCGGUAUAUGCCUCAGUUAAGUCUACUUGUAGUCUAAUUAGUUAUUUAUAAUAAAUUACUCUUAGUUGAAUAUCUGAGUAUAUAUUAUUAGGUAUGUUAUUACAGAAUUAAUUAUAGAGCUUGGUUUAUCAAAGAUAUUUCUGUAUGAUAAAAUAUAAUAUACGAGUAAGUAAUUACUUCAAUUAGAGUAAUCUCUUAAAUAGGCAAUUAAUGUAAUAAAAUUGAUACCUAUCUGCAUAUUAUACUAGAAAUAUCUACUGUGACUCCGUAACCGUUAACGUGAAAUCCCGCAGGAGCUAUGAUUUUUUUUUGGGGGGCGAAAAGCAGCCUCUAUUCUGCUUACUGGUCCCAUUUAUCAAAGUGCAAAAAUUCAUAUAAUAUCAGUUCAGCAAUUAAGCCGUUAAAAGGUACGGAUUAUCGGACUUUCACAUUCAUAUAAUAUUAUUUAGUAGAUAUAAAUUAGUCUUUAAUGUACGUAUUAAACACCAUAGUAAUUAUAUGUACCUAACUAGGUAUAUUCUUAACUGUAAUAAUAUAAUAAUGGUCAAAAUAAAUAUUACGUUUCUUACAAUUCCCAAUAAUUUACAUUAUAAUAAGAAGGUAGGUACCUGCUUGCCUACUUCAUAACUAUGUAUAACUAUGUAUUAUUUAAUAACUAAACUUAAAGCUAUUUUGUAUAGUUUACUACCUUCUACUUAAUCUUUACUUAAUUUAAUAAAAUAUUUAAC